UCAUUAUUUUCACAAUUAAGCACCAAACAAAAUAUAAAAUAUCAUAACCAUGCAUAUUCAAACUUGUCACUCCAUGACGACACUUCCUUUAACAUGGAACAUUCCAACACAUGUAAACUAUCGAACUCAUCGCCACCUAUUACCACCACCAAAAUCAACCAUCACCGCCACACCACCACCACUAAAAAUCCACAAAACUCACUCAUUGCCACCGGAAAAAGUUGAAAUUUUCAAGUCACUUGAAAAUUGGGCCUCAGAAUCGGUCUUACCACUUCUAAAGCCCGUUGAACAAUGCUGGCAGCCACAGAAUUUUCUCCCUGAUCCAUCAUUACCGUUCGAUGAAUUCACAGAUCAAGUGAAAUCUCUUCGUGAACGAACAAAAGAGCUUCCAGAUGAAUAUUUUGUGGUGUUGGUUGGUGAUAUGGUGACGGAAGAGGCGCUUCCGACAUAUCAGAGUAUGAUUAAUAAUCUUGAUGGAGUUGGGGAUGAGGUUGGAUCAAGUCCAAGCCCAUGGGCCGUUUGGACCCGGGCUUGGACUGCCGAAGAAAAUAGACAUGGGGAUUUGCUUAAGACUUAUUUGUAUCUUUCUGGUCGGGUUGAUAUGGAGAUGAUUGAAAAGACCGUUCAGUACCUCAUUGGAGCUGGCAUGGACCCAGGUACAGAAAACAACCCAUAUUUAGGGUUCGUGUACACCUCAUUCCAAGAACGAGCAACCUUCGUAUCACACGGCAACACUGCUCGUCUAGCGAAAGAAGGUGGCGAUCCAGUGCUUGCACGCAUAUGCGGUACCAUAGCAGCAGACGAAAAGCGUCACGAGAACGCAUACUCAAAAAUCGUUGAGAAGCUUCUAGAAGUGGAUCCCAGUGGAGCAAUGUUAGCCAUUGGUGAUAUGAUGGAAAAAAAGAUCACAAUGCCGGCACACCUUAUGUACGAUGGACAUGACCCCAAGCUAUUCGAGCACUUUGCGGCUGUGGCGCAGCGUACGGGCGUGUACACGGCAAAUGAUUACGCUGAUAUUUUGGAGUUUUUGGUCCAACGGUGGAGAUUAGAGAAGCUGGAGGGAUUGACGACUGAGGGGAAAAGGGCGCAGGAAUAUGUGUGUGGGUUAGCGCCUAGGAUUAGAAGGCUGCAAGAGCGUGCUGAUGCACGUGCUCGUAACAUGAAACCACAUGGGGUUAAGUUUAGUUGGAUUUUUAAUAACGAGGUUGUUUUGUGAGUUUUUUUUUUUUUUUUUAGCGUGGGAUUUGAGAUUAUCACUGUGGGUUACAACAACUCACCUUGACACACCAAGGAACUUUGGAUAGUGGAGUGGAGAAUGUAUGAUACUAAAAGAAUUAACAAAUAUGUAUGAAUAAUUUUGUUAAUAGUUGUUUCUGUUGAUGAAAA